GGACGUAUAAACAAAAUCUCUUAGCUUUAUUUUUUUUUUCUCACUCUCUCAAUUUUUUUAUUUCUUUUUCUUCUUUCUUUCUUUCUUUAUCACCAUGGUACGAACAAAAAAGCCACAACAAGUCAUUCCUUUAUCUGAGGUUGAAGCAGUCAAACCUACAAAAGAAAAUAAUACUCCAAGUCUUGAAACAAUGCAGUAUGAAUCAAGUCAAAAGCAAAAUGCGCCAGUCAAGACGGAGACUCAUAUGGAGCAAAAAGGAAAUCAGACAACGAUGAUCGAUUUAGUGCAACCAUCGACUUUAUCUACAUCACAACAUGGCGUGAGUCAACAGGAUAUGGAAUUCAAGAUGACUAAGAUUCAAUGUAUGUUCGUUGAUGUGGAUAUCAAAGACAUUCAAGCCAUGUUGGAAGAUUGUUACUACAAUGAAGAUGAAGUGAUUUUGCGGAUGAUCACUCAACAUGAUUACUUAAUUCGUAUUCAACAAGCCAGAUGUUUGUCAAAGGAUAACAAUGAUAAUCAUGACACCGAUAAAGGCAACACUCCUAUCAUGGAGACAUCCACCACCGAGUCCAUCACUAGUCACUCAUCGCAACCAUCCAUGACUGGUGCUACCUUACAAAACAAAUUAUCCGAUGAGCAGAGCGACAGUAUAUAUGUUCCUCCUUUACCAGAAAAUCAUCAUCAACCACCAUUUACAACAACACUACCAGCAACAACAACAACAACAACAAUACCAUCUACAGCAAAACAAGAUUCUCAUUCUUAUUACCGACCACUCCAGCCAUUACUACCAUCAUCUCCAUCUUUUAUCUCACCAAUAUUGAAAUCUCCAACUAGAUCCAACAAAGGGAAAAAGUAUAAAAAGAGACAGCCACCCCCUCUACAACCAUCCUCUCCUGUCACGGAUGACAAUACAACUGGACCAUCCACACCUAUUCCUUCCUCGUCCCCUAUCAAAAAACCUCGGGUUCGAUCUGUAGGACGAUUGGCAUUGGAUGAUGCAUUACAACAAGUCAAAGAAAAUCCAGGCGUCUAUGAAGGAUGGUCAGAAGCACGAUUACGAGCUUAUCGAAUGAUUGAUACGAAUCCCAACAGUUAUUAUUAUCGGUUCAAUGCUCCAGGGGAAGAACAACAUAAAGGUGCUUGGACAAAGGAAGAAAAACAAUUGUUUCUUGAUCGUUUGAAACAAGUGGGUGCCAAUGCACAAUGGGGUGUAUUUGCUAUGGCUGUACCAGGACGUGUGGGUUAUCAAUGUUCCAAUUUUUAUCGAUUAUUAAUUGAAACAGGAGAAAUUUAUGAUAAAAAUUAUGUAUUGGAUGAAAAGGGCAAGGCACAUUAUCUUUUUGAUAAAAAGACGGCUUCAGGUGAUAUUGAAAAAACAUUCCGAACUCAUUGUCGACAUGGUUCCAAACAAGAAUCCAGUAAACGGAAACAACAACAACAAAAGAAAAAAAGUGAUGAUGAUAGUAGUGAUGGUGAAUAUACUGACAAACCAUACAAAUCCAAAAAGAAAGGUACAAGGCGGUCAAAAAGACAUUUUGGGAUUUAGUUCUAUUUUUGUUUUGCAAAAUAAAAAAUCAUGAUUAAAAAAAAAUAAUAUUU